UUUAUGGAUAUCCUGGAAGAUCGGGAACCUAUUAUAAAUAUACAAGAUGGUUAUUUCUAGAUUCAGUACAGAUUCAGACGCUUCCAGCACCACAUCUUUGAAACUUUUCGAUUAUCAUAGAAAGCAAUCAUGAAGUGCAUCGCAGCUGUAGUCAUGAUGGUUCUGGUGACCGCCGAGGCAUCCUGGGCUCCAUUGGCGUACUCCUAUCCCCAAGCUGCCUUGGUUCAGGAUAACUCCUUCGUGCGUUAUGUGGCUGCUCCUUGGGACUAUGCUGCGGUUCCAUCAGCAGUUCCAUACGCCGCCUACAAUUACAACUACCAUCCAACGGCUUACGUCCAGGCGCCAGUUGCUCCAGUGGCCGUCGUUGCCCAGAAGGAAGCUCGUUAUCUGGCCGUUAACCGAGGAGCUGUCCAUGAUGCUCCCCUUACAGGACAUUCGGUUUCGCAGCAGUCUCUGAAUCUGGCAUCUGCUCCUGGUACGCUAUAAGUGUUGGAAGUUUUAAGGAGAAUGUAGUACGGGUGUAAAUAAAUUGAAUAUAUGUAAAAGCUAGUUUUUAUAUGAGCGGUUAAUAGCAUCAAUAAUACACUAAGAUUUUUUUACAUGAGGGAUAUGUGCAGUGUAAAAACAUAUCGGUGCAAUAAAAAACGUGUGAAAUUCGGAAUCUGUGUACAGGUAAACCGUGUAAAUUCCGAAAUCCGUGCCAAAAAUAUACCGUGUAAAUUUCAAAAA